AAGUCCUACUUUAAACAUGGUAUAGAUCCAUGAACAGCUCAAUAUGGUGUAAAUGUUGUUGUUGUAAAAAAAUACUAUCCAACACUGUUCAAGUUGUUCUGUCACCAUAAUGUACAUAUUUAGAGGACAUGACCAGGGGCGGACUGACCAUUUGGAAACUUGGGCACUGCCCGAGGGCCCGGGGUCAGUAGGGGGCCCCAUGAGAUGCCCCUGGUACCUUUUUCAUAGGCUUUUUUGAGUUUGGGCAAGGACACAGGGGCCCCAUGAUCCCCAAUUGCCCGGCGGCCCCAU